AUGCAGUUUAUGAAGCUUACUUCCGGCGCCAUCGCUGUCAUUUCAAUCCAAGCCGCCGUCCAACCUACGGCCCGCGAUCCCUACCACCAGGAACUCAGCAAGAAGAUUACGCGGAGACCCGGCGACGACUACACCGAGGCGACGUGGACCGAGCUCGCCAAAAAGUUGUGCUUUGACACAUCCAACUGCACCAGGUUGGACCUUGUGGUGCUUUGA